UUGAGCAUCAUGCCUCGUAAAUAAUAUAGCAUACCACCUAUCAUUUUCUUGCCAUAACACAUCAAAGCUAGCCUAGCUUGCAUGUGAAAAAAUGGCAAUGCCAAUAAUAAUGUUAGAAGAGGAAGAUCCAAUUUAUGGAGACAUGCUAGAGGAAAUACUAUCACGCGUGCCACUUAUCGACUUGAUCCGGACAUUGCACGUGUCAAAGUCAUGGAACCAAGCUGUUCACUCCUCCCUCCUCAGCCGCAAUCCGCCCAAACCUUGGCUGAUUAUCCACUCCCAAGCCACUCGCCACCCCUACGCCACCACCACCCGUGCUUACGACCCUCGUUCGCGCGUGUGGAUUAAGAUGUCUCAGCCCGCCUCCAUCAAACACGCCACUGCCCUUCGAUCGUCCAACUCCAAUUUCCUCUAUAUGUUGUCCCCUUCAAAGCUCUCCUUCUCCUUCGACAAGUUGAAUCUUAGGUGGCACCACGUGGAUGCUCCACUGCUGUGGCGCGGCGACCCAAUCGUCGCCAAAGUUGGUGACUCAAUUGUCGUCGCCGGUGGCACGUGCGACUUCGAAGACGACCCUCUCGCGGUCGAAAUAUACAGCAUCAAGAACCGGAGCUGGCGCACCUGCGAUUCCAUGCCCGCGAGGUUGAAGGACUCCGCAGCUUCAACAUGGCUUUCCGUGGCUGCCACGCCCGAAAAACUCUUUGUCAUGGAGAAACAUUCUGGUGCGACGUACUGGUUUGACUUAGAUUCCAACGACUGGUCCAAACAAUUCGAUCUCCGUCCAGAUCAACGUUGUUUUUACUCGGUCAUCGGGUGCGUUAAGGAACGUUUGAUUCUCGUGGGUUUGAUCGGAGACGUCGAAAAUGUCGAGAAAGUGAAGGUAUGGGAGGUGGGUUGCGAUUCUAAUUCCGGGUCUUUCGAUCGAUGCAUGGAAACAGGAGAGAUGCCUCGUCUGUUUGUGGAGAAGCUUGAAAGUGAAACUUUUGGAAUUUCUUCGAUAAAUAUUUGUUUAGCUGGGAGUUUUGUGUAUAUAUACAACCCGGAGAAGGUGGAGGAGGUGGUAGCGUGUGAGCUUAUCAAGGGCGGCGGAUGCAAUUGGGGAAGCGUGCACAACGCCGUGUCUGGUGGUGUUUGCGGAAUGGAGAGGGUGGUUUUUACGUGUGCAGAUGUUAAGGUGGAGGAGUUGGAACGAGCUCUGGGGGCGGAGAACCGGAGGUUCGAGGUAGUUAACGUUUGACUUUGAGUGAGGCAAUAAUUUGGUUGGCGGGUGGCGUUAACAGAGAGAUAGAUGUAUCGUUUGUGAUGCAGCAGCCCAGCCCUCGGUCCUCGGUGCUCAGUCCUCACUGGAGUGGAGGUAGCAAUUAGGGAUGGCAAUGGGGGCGGGUGCCCAGGCUCUCGGGGCGGGGGUU